UAGUAUUAAUUAACAAAAUGGCCACGAGAAAGGACAUGCUUACUUCCGUCUUUUUAAUUAUUUUUUGUUGUAUUGUUAUUGUUUUAAAUGAAGGCAAAGAGACAGACAAACCCGCUGUGAUAACAGAAGAUAAUUGGCGAAAUAUCUUGGAAGGAGAAUGGAUGAUUGAGUUUUAUGCUCCAUGGUGUCCAGCAUGUCGAACAUUCCAGUCAACCUGGGAUGCCAUGGCAAAAUGGUCCAAAGAUCUGGAUGUUGGUAUAGGACAGACAGAUGUAACAGAAAAUCCAGGUUUAAGUGGAAGAUUUUUUGUAACAGCUUUACCAACCAUAUACCAUGUAAAAGAUGGAGUAUUUCGACAGUAUUCUGGUUCACGAUCAGAAAGUGAAUUGAUCAGUUUUCUGGAUGAGAAAAGAUUUGUUGAACUUGAACCAGUUUCUUGGAUGCUUGAUCCUAAAUCUCUACAAAUGUCUGCGGUAGGAUUGUUUUUCAAGGCUGCUAUGGUGAUCAGGAGUUUUUAUAAUAUGAUGACAACAGAAUAUGGUAUACCAGAAUGGGGUUGCUAUCUUAUAUUUGCUAUAAUGACAAUAAUAUUAGGUUUAUUGCUUGGUUUAGUGAUAGUGUGUUGUUGUGAUGUUUUAUUUCCACCCAAAAUGAAUAAAUUACCACCCCAGGAAAUACGACAACAAUAUGAUGCUAGAGAUAAGAAUGAAGAUUUAAUAGACGACACAAAGCCAGCUGAAGAUGAUGCAAAUGGUGAUGAAGGUGAUGGUGAAGCGGAGGAGAAUAAAAAAGAUAAAACAGUUAGAAAACGAAAACCUCAACAAGCUAAUUAAAUUGUUUAAAAUUUAUCAAAUCUGAAGAACUUGAUAUUUUAAUUGGUGAAGAGUAAGAGUAAAUUUCGGGAACGUGUUUGGUGUAUAACUUAUUAUAAAUCUGAGAAUGUCUAAAGAAAAUGUAGAUUGUAAUUGUGAAAAAUUUAUUAUUAACUAGAGAAAUAUAAGUUAGUUUUAUUUGUUUAUGGCUCAAGAUAGACGGAAUUGUGUUUGAAAAAUGUGUUUUUAGAAGGAAGAUAGGUACUGUACCUGUAGUUAUUUUAAUUGAACUAAAGCAGGUUGUUUGAAUCUUAAUAUUUAUAGUAUGUUAAAAGGAGCAGAGUCAAUUGCUGGUACAACUUUUGGAAUUCUGUUGAAGUGAUGAAAAGGCUUUAACCAUAAUACUUACCUUUUUGUUUUUAUAAAGAUGCUUUUGUAAUUAUUUAAGAUUUAUGUACAAAAUUUUGAGAAGUUAUCAAUCUGGGGUUGAACAUACAUGAAACUUCAUAAAUGCACUUCGGGUAAACACAGAAACUAAUUGUUUUUAUAAUUGAAAAUUUUGUUAAUGAGUCAAUAUUAAAUAGUCUCUGUAGUCUCUUCCACUCUGAUUAGCAUUUGUUUACUUUAAGAGAAAUUUUUUAAAAAAUCAUAUGAAAUAAAUAUAACAGAAUUAUCAUUUUACAAAAGUUUGGAUAAAUGAUCAAUUUUCAGAAAAAAAUAAACUAUUAAGAUUUUCUCUUAUGUCUCUUUGAUCAAAGAGUCCUUAUUUUCUGGUCCGUAUGAAGAGAUGACAGAUAGUCCAUAUCUAUCUCCAAAUGUUAAUUCUGAUAUAUUUUCAAAGGCUUGUAAUUUUAUGAGGUUAAAAUUGAAUGGAUUUAGGAUUUAAUUAAUGCAGCUUUAACUCUAUAUCCAAACAGAAAAAUUGGACAGGGUAAGUUGAGUACAGCAAUUGAGCAAAACCAUCAGCGACUGUUCAACAUGUCAGAUGCUUCUCAAACUUCUUUCAAUUUGUCAUAAUAAAGUGUAUUGUGGCGGAUUUUGUGAUGACUUGAUCCAUAAUUUAAAAAUAUUCAAUUAAUAAUUGUUUUAAUUUUCUGGAAUUUAAGAAUAAUUAUGAUUUUAUUAGUGUGUGAAACAAGUUUGUGCAUAUUUUUUGCUGUGUUAAUUGUGAUGGUGUAUGAGAACUAUUGACAGCAUUUAUCACUGGUACUAUUUUGUUUUAUUUGUUUAACAUUCUUGACACAAUGCAAGCUAAGGUGUGAAAUAUUAUUUAAAUUAAAACUUGUCCUCAGAAUAUUUAAAAUGCGUGCAUCAAUUUCUUGCUGUAUAUUUGUAUGGAUUUGUAUGGAUCGCCAGCUGAAUUUGAUAUAUAUGUGAUGAAAUGUUAAUCAUUAUUUUGAAUUAAAAAUUAAUAAUUUUUAAAUUUUGAUUGUGUAAUUCUUUUUAUUUAUUCUCUGUGUUAGCAAAAUCAUUUAGCAAUUUCAUAACUUUAUUAUGCUUGUUCACAGAUUUUAAAAUUUUUGGAAGACAGACCCAUCUUUAAAUAGUUUGUAACAUUCACAUAAAUUAAUUGUUUUAUUUUUGUAGAUAAAUCUGUACUUAUUCCAGUUAUAUAUGUUCAUAUUGUGUGUGUGUAUGUAUGAUUGAAUGUCAAAAUAUCAUUUGCUAUUUUUUAUCAGAAUAAAUUAAGCU